GUACCCAUUCUUACUUUUGCUUUCAUUGAAAGAAGGCACAUCGGCUAAGUGGCUUCCCGAAGCCUUCACCAGCUUGCGUCUUUUCACCUCCUCGAUUCCAGCAAAAGAUAAGGCUAUUGUUUAUAAUAAUAAUGAUGUAUUUCAUACAAAUUUUAAAAAAAAUUUACAUGAAAUUGCAUGCCCUUUUUUACAGGCACGAUCAAGUGAGAUAUAGUUUCAAAUCUCAGAUUGUCUACAAGUUAAUCAUAUUUCAACUGUUAAAUAUUUGAUACAUAUAAUACACUCAUUGUCUGAACCAGACCGUAUAGUUGUUGAAUUGUACAAUUGUCCUCCAGGUUGAGCGCGAAAAUCGACUUUGUUUCGUUUUCAUCCCGUGGUUGUAGGCAUACGAUAACCAACCAAUAUUGAGGUAAGUACAACGUUUACAAGGAAUUGGAAGCUUUUUUAGAAAAAUUAAAGUGCUGUGGUGUAACAUUAAAGUGUAAUAGAUUAAGUGAGUGAAAUAUAUCAUUAAUAAACACAUUUAUAUAGAAAACAGAAUGGGGAAGUAAUUAAUCCUUAGGCCGACAACGUUCAUUUGCAAUGUAUAAUGAAACCAAUAUAUUUUAUACUAUCAUGCGUUCACUUUUGGCUUUAAUACAAUUAUUUUCAAGCCAGUUGUCUUUAUUUCAUGUCUUUUUUUCUAUUUGGUGCACAACCGUACCCUCCAGAGAAUAGGAAUAGAAUAAGUCGAAUCAAAUUCAUAAAGAGCUAUAAAAUGUUAGGUUUAAUGGAAUAUAAUGAGAAUCAAGUAAAGACGUUAUUAGAAAAUAAGUGAGACAAGAUAUUGUGAAGUGGUAUUUAAAGAUCUGACAAUGGAUAGCAAGUUAAUUCAUAAGAUGCCCCAUAAAUCUGUGCAGAUCCCACGUGGUCGCAUCUCAACAAUAGGCUGAGCGAAUGGUAUAUAUUUAAAGGUAGAAGCAUUAUCUGUCAAGGCGUUCACUAUUAUCUUUUUCAAGAUAAAGAUCUAAGCCCUCAUAAAAAUCAGAAAUAUCUCGAGCCUUUAAUUUGUAUAUUGCUGUUCCUGCAGAAUGGGGCGAUUCACCUUAGUGACCACCACCAUAUCUACUGAUCAGCUAACGCCACCCUCCCUCCUUUUUUGAUGUUAGGCUCUGAGACUAUGAUUAUUAUGGCUACCGCAAAUAUAUUGCUUGGUACCAGACAUGUUCGUACCCCAUAUUCCAUCUCCCUAGCUUUCUUAAUGAGUGCUUCCAAUAGGUCUCCACGUACAUCUUUACGAACAUAUUAUAUA